AUGGCUUCCAACGUUGUUGUCAUCGAUAAGUCCUUCAACAGAGCAACCAUAAAAGUUACCCCCGGGACUUAUAUGAGUGAGGUUGUCUCAGAAGCAUGUAAGAAGCUUGGAAAGAGAACUACUAAUUAUGAUCUUAAAAGGAGUAACGACAAAACUAUAGACCUUUCGCAAACAUACCGUCAAACAGGUCUCAGCACCGGCGCAAAACUCACCUUAGUCGAAGCUUCCAGAUCUCCCGCUCCAGUCUCCAUUGCGUUGCAAUUACCACAAGAUCUCGCAUCUGCAGUUCCAGGCGGCAGAUUAAAAGAUACAUUUCCCAGUAAUACAACACUAUGGCUUAUCCUCCGCAAAUUCGAAUCCAGCAACGCAUCCGCAAAUCUCAACUUUACGGGGAGAGGAGUAGCGCAGCUACAAAAUAGCGCAUCAGGGGCUGGUCGCAUGGUAUAUGAGAUGCCGGUACUCAAUGUGAUGGGAAGGGAAAUGGCUACAUUUGGAGAUUUACAGAAGACACUUGCGAAUUUAGGAUUGAAUAAGGGGACGGGAUUACUCAGGCUUACGUUUAGGCAGACGGAUCAACCGAUUGAAGAGGCUAUGAAGGAUAUUGGGGAGUAUUUCAAGGAGGAGAACGUACCUGAACCUAUUACAGAAACACCACAGCAACGUGAAUCUGUGACAGACGGUAUCGCAAAUCUACCUUCUCCAGACCAGAAAAACGAAGAUGUGGAUAUGGAUUCUGAUCCCUCAGACACAACUCCAUAUUCAACACCUACUCCCGCUGGCGCAUCAACAAACACCACACCCUCAAUUCCACCCACAUCCUCCACCAACUACUCAGCUUCUCCCCCAAUCCUAGGCCCCGAUGGCCUCCCCUUAACCAUCUUCUCCGCACCUAGCAACGACACUCCUCUCGCAGCCCUCACUCCCCACAACGAAGACGACUACAUUCCCACCAUUCGACACGCCAAACUCGUACAGUCGCGUCUCCAAAGCAGUUCCCAAAACACCAAACUCCUCUCCUACGACGAAGAACUCGCUCUCGAAACCGAAAGACUCGCUCGCUUAUCCAAAAUCAAAGAGAUCCCCUUGAGGAUUCGAUUCCCGGAUCAAAUGGCUGUCAGUAAAUCCAUCAAUAACGAACAUCAUGGGAAAUGGCUCCACGACUAUGUGCGCGGAUUAAUUAUUCACGAAACUGAACCGUUUAAAUUGAUAUAUCAGGGCAACAAGGGAAGGGAAACUAUACCAAAUGACGAUACAAAAUUCCUCAUCAAACAUCUAGGAAUUCAGGGUCCGACGGUUAUCAAUUUAGCGUGGGAUGGCGGAGCGAAUGUUGAGGGGUUGAAGGGGAAACCCGUGUUGAAGGAUAUUUAUAGGGAAAAGGCUACGCAACAACCGGUUCCGAUUGUGGAGAGCACGGAGGAUGGAGGAGAGGAGAAAAAGGUCGAGGAGGUGAAGAAAGAUGAUGGGAAUGGAGGGGGAGAAAAGAAGAAGAGGGGUUUGCAGAAUCUUAUUUAUGAAGAAUUUGAAGAAGAGGUAAAGGGUGAGGAUGUAAAUAUGGCUAGGGGUAUGAGUAGACAUGAAGAGGGAAAGAAUGAUGAAAGGAAAGCUUGGGGAUGCCUAAUACAUGUUCAUGAUGGUCAAGAGAGAAUGGGAGGUGCACUGCGAUGA